AUGAAAUUUGCUGUAGCCAUUAGGUGUCUGAUGAUAAUUAAUCAUUUCAAAUUAAUAAUAGUACGAACAAUUACUUCUAAACUGACAUCAAGCCAACCUGUCAAUGAUUCUCCAUUGAGGAUACCUAUUCCGCGAGGAUUAGACUUCGUUUAUAGGAGUAUAAUUUAUACAAAAAAAGUCAAUGGAAUACUUCCUUACAAAAAAGUGGUCCUGAACGUGAUUUCCUUCGAUGGCACAGUAUAUAAGCGGCUAGCAUCUUAUGCGUCAUUGCAAAAUAACGAUAUUUGUGACAAUAUGCAGGCGUGUCUGUUUUUAACUUUGGUGCUUGCGGUUGUAGGGCUUAAUGCUCACAACGUUCACCUCACGGAUGGACAAAAAGAAAAAGCAAACGAGCACAUUGCCGCGUGUAUCAAAGAAACCGGUAUAAAACCUGAGGUAAUAGCUGAAGCCAAGAAAGGACAUUACUCCGAGGAUGAGGCGAUGAAGAAAUUCAUCCUAUGUUUCUUUCACAAAGCCGGUAUUGUUAACGCUGAUGGCAAACUGAACUUGGAUGUGGCUAUUGCUAAGUUACCUCCUGGUGUAGAUAAGACUGAAGCUACCAAGACUUUAGAGGGUUGUAAGGAUAAUGGAGGAAAAGAUGCAGCUGACACCGCCUUCGCUAUAUUCAAAUGUUACAAGGAUGCUACUAAAACUCACGUGCUUUUCUAAAUAAGCAUUUAGUUUAAGUAGUAAUUCAGUUUAGUUGUUGUCUAUUUAAAUUAUAAUGAUCGAUUUUACUGUA